GACAAAACGGUUGAAAUUAUUGAAUUUAACGAUCGGUUCCAAAAGCCUUUGGAUGGUGGAUACCGAGACUUACAGCUGACGGUCUGCGUUGGAAGUGGGCUCAUGUGUGAGCUGCAGCUCAAUACCAAGUUCUUCUUCUUCGUGAAGGAAACUUCUGGCCACCGAGCGUUCGAGGUCAAACGGCAGCUAGCGGCCGCUCUCUCCCACAACGACACCGAUGCCUGUCUCAAGACUUUGAAGUGGGCCGAAGACCAGCCAGAGGCUACCCGCGCCGUGCUCGAUGAACGAAGGUCUCCCUUGCUGCAUUGCGCAGCUGCAAAUGGAAAUUCCGACCUGGUGAGCCUCUUCCUCAAGUACAAUGCGGAUGUCAACCUCACCGAUCAGCAGACCGGGCGAACAGCUUUGCACGAGGCGAUGUACCAUGGGCGCUCCUGUGCCGCAUGGGCCUUGAUCAGCGCUGGUGCCUGUCAAAACGCACUGGACGCUGACGGCCGCCUCCGGCAGAGAGUCUUCCCGGAGAGUGAGCCGGUCGCAAGGCGAGCGACCAGCGCAAAGAUGCGGGGUGUGGGGUGUGUGUGCAUGCUGUCGCAGAUGCUCGGCGUUCAGGAGCUGCAGCGCGCCACCAAAGCCUUCGAAGAGGAGGUGAACAGGGCCUUCGACGGGGACGAGGCCAAGGUGCUCGAGAAGCUGAGGGAGUGGAAGGAUCCCAACAGCGAAAACGAGAAUGGCCAGCGGCCCUUGCACCAGGCGCUCAUCAAGGGCCACCUGAAAGUCGCGCGGCACCUGAUGCUUUACAAGGCCGACCUUUGGGAGAGGGUCAACGACCAAACGGCCGUCUCGCUGGCGCUGGAGCAUCCCGAUGGCCUCAAGCUCCUGAUCGACACGCACCCGGAUGGCAAGAACGCCUCGGACCUGGCGUCCGGAAGCAGCAACGCCCUCUUCCGCGCUGCCAAGGCCCUGAAGGAGCUGCUGGAGAGAAGCGGCGAGGCCAGGGCUGCUGGCGGGAAGGAAACUUUGCCGGGCAUGAAGCUUUUGGAUGCCAGGCUGUGGAGCCGGACGCUUGCGAUGAGAACGGCCUGGAGCCUGGACAUGCAUCCUCACAAGAUCUGGCAGGGGCCGAUGCUCAAAGCCUUGCUGUAG